UAGCUAGCUAGCUAGCUAUACACGUGUACGUACGUGUGAGUGAUCCCCUGAGGAAACUGCGGCAGUGGAAGUAAGCUACGUAGCUUACUGGUACAGUUUGAAGUAUUAUAGAGCCCAUACUCUCAAACCGGUGCGGGCGGCGCCACACUUCUGCAGAAAAAGGGGGAGGAUCUGCUAAGGGGGUGUGUCACCUCGGACAAUGGCUCAGCUUACGCUGCUGCUGCUAACGCUACUGGCCCUCCACUGUGGAAGGGUGCUGACCCAACCAGAGUACGUGAACGGUGAAUGCUAUGCAGACGGUGCUCCGACCCGAUGUGAGCCAGUUAGAAUGUCGUUUUCUCUCUUUCAACAAGCAACAACAUCAAGUACGUGCGGCGCUCCGCCUGCGCCAUUCUGCGUCCGUUCAGUCUCGCUGGGCAGAGUCGUCAGUGACUGCAGGGGAGGGGACAUCUGCGAUGCUAGCGAUCCCAACAACGACCACAACGUUCUUUACCUAACGGACUUCCCACUCAACAGCAUGUGGUGGCAAUCAGAAAACAGCUUGACCUCAGACGACCGCGUUGUUAUCGACAUACUGCUUUUGACUCUCGCCGAGAUUUCGUUCAUUUCUUUUGACUUCCACGGCAUCAAAGCGGCCGCCUUUCACCUAGAAAGGUCCAAGGACUAUGGACUGACUUUUGAGCCAUACCACUACUUUGCAAUAUCCUGUGAGAAUACCUUUGGCAUGCUUCCAGACGCAGAGCUGACGACUGUCAAUGAGACGACCGUCCUUUGCCAAACCAUACAAGAGCCCCCAACUCCAGGAAUUAUCACUUUCUUCCCUGCCAUAGAUCGCCCCUCUGCCAAUGAUUCCCAGCCAGGCUACAGCGAGGCCCUCUACCAGUUUGUCACAGCAACCAAUGUCCGUGUUAUUUUCGACAAACACUAUGAACUACAACUAGCAGAAGAGGAUCCUGGGUACUACUAUGCACUGGAUGAUAUCAAUGUCAUUGGGAGUUGUCAGUGCUACGGACAUGCUUCUCGGUGUAUAGAGGACAGCAUGACAGGCCUGUAUCAGUGUGUUUGCCAGCACAAUACAACAGGCACAUACUGCGAGAGGUGCCAGGAUUUCUACAAUGAUGUACCAUGGCAAAGGGCAGAUGGCAGUGGAUCAUUUGAAUGCAAAAUGUGCAACUGCAACAACCACAGCAGCGAGUGUGUGUUUGAUGAGGGGGUGUAUGCAGAGACAGAGUUCACCAGCGGGGGAGUGUGCCAGAACUGUGAUGGCAAUACAGCUGGACGGCAGUGUGAAACUUGUGCACCUUUCUACUACUCCAGGCCUGACAGACAGCAAACAGAUCCUGAUGUUUGUCAAGCAUGCCAGUGCAGCUUGGAAGGUGUUGUUGACAGUGGGGAUUGUGUGAAGAAAACAGAUGGUGUGAACCAACCAGGUGACUGCUACUGCAAAGCCAAUGUCAUGGGGAAACAGUGCGACAUGUGCAUUCCUGGCUACUUCAAUCUCUCUGCUAGCAACCGUGAUGGCUGCCAAGCAUGCAGUUGCAGUGCAAAUGGUAGCACCAAUCAGACAUGCAAUCACAUUACUGGAGAGUGUGAGUGCAUGCCAUACGUGGUGGGUCCACAGUGUGAUUCCUGUCAAGAAAACUAUUAUCAGCCCGACCCCAACCAGGGCUGUUUACCCUGUGACUGCAACCCUGGAGGUUCUACAAGCGCCCAGUGUGAUAUGGCUGCUGGUCAGUGUGACUGCAAACAAGGAGUGACUGGAAUGAAGUGCAAUGAAGUGGUCCCAGGGAGCUUCUUUCCGGCUAUUGAUCACCUACGUUUUGAAGCAGAGUCAGCAGUCCUUGUCCCGCCAUCAGUACUUACCCUCACAAGUGGGGAGGGGGAAUCAUUUACUGGCACUGGUUACUACAGAGUGGUCGAAGGGGAAGGGAUUGCAAGAUUCGAUCGUUCAGUGACUUUUCCACAGAGUGGAACCUACGAGGUGAUCUUUCGCUACAACCUUGCUGGAGCUCUUUUUUGGGAGACUGUCACUCUGACAAUACGCACUGAGCUAGGAGAGGAAGAAGCACAAGUGGUAGACUGUGGGAGUGGUACUGAGCUACCAGUUGCGAUACAAGCAUUGAGUAUAGAUCUUGGAGCAUGGGAACUGGGGUGUACAUUUCACACACACUUUGCUUCCAAGCUGGACAUUCAUACACCUUCAUCCUAAGCGAGCUAAUCUCUGGUCAAAGCUCUUCUCCUAUACUGGAUAUAGAUUCCAUGGUGAUAAUUCCAAUUGAUAUCCCUGGGUUGGCUGUAUUUGACAAUAGCCAACUGGUCGCAGACUACAUGGGUUGUGUCGACUCUUGGCGACGAGUCACUACCAUCAGUUCAGCUGAAUCUAUCUGUGAGAGUAUCACUUUUACUUUCUCUACUGCCGUCUACGAUGGUGCACAAGAGUGUGAUUGUGACCCGACUGGAUCACUAGCUGGUACGGUCUGUGAACCGUUUGGGGGUCAGUGUGUCUGUCUUCCUGGUGUUCGUGGACGGACAUGUGACGAUUGCAGACCAGGCUCCUUUGGUUUCUCUUCCAAUGGAUGCACAUCUUGCUUAUGUGAUUCUGUGGGCUCUGCUAAUCAGUUUUGUGAGCCUGAUAUGGGAACCUGUGAGUGUCUUCCCAAUGUGGCUGGUCCUGACUGCUCCACAUGUGAACAAAGCUUCUGGGGACUGAGUGAUGGCGGUGGUUGUGUAUCAUGCUCCUGUGAUGAAAUAGGUUCCAGUAGCCAGCAGUGUGAUGAUCAAAGUGGAGAGUGUGAAUGUAGGCCUGGUGUGGUUGGCUCGCAAUGUGACUCAUGCGAAGAUGGAUACUUUGGAUUCUCUAGCGAUGGCUGCAGCCAAUGUAUCUGCAACCAAGCUGGCUCUGCGGGACAAGAAUGUGACACAGUUACUGGGCAAUGCACAUGCAAGGAGAACACAAGAACCAGAGACUGCUCGGGGUGUGUUCCUGGCACAUUCAACCUGCAGGAAAACAACCCGUCUGGAUGCCAGCCCUGCUACUGCUCUGGCCUCGGAGUCACUUGCUUCCCUGCUCCCAGCUACGUAGCAGCCAAUAUCAGCACUGACUUUAGCGCUGGUACUCAGGGAUGGACCGUGCUCACAGAAAACCUCUCCCCUCAUCCUGACCCUGACUCUGUCAUUGCCAUACUGCCAUUUACAAGUGGACUUACCAUCUUUCCAAACUCAGCCGCAUUCUUACAAGCACCUCAGCAUUACCUAGGAAAUAGAUUAAGCUCCUACCUUCAGUCUAUAGCCAUUAGCCUGGAAUCACAAAGUUCUUCGGUUGGAGCUGAAACGACAACACCAAUUGAUGUAAUUCUUAGUGGAAGCAACAUUGAGCUUGGGGCAAAGUUUUCAAGUAGUAUCAUAGAAGGUGCCGAGACUUUUACUCUUCUACUGCACGAGAGUUAUGGAUGGUUUCACACUGACGGUAAUGUGGCAGCUACUGCAGAAGAUAUACAAGCAGCACUGUAUUCCUUAGAUGGCCUCUAUAUUACAGCAGGCUUCAAUUCCAGCAUCAUACUAAGAAGCAUACACCUCAAUACAGUUCAAGAAAGUGUUGGUAUUAGUGAUCCAUCAGCAGUUACAUGGGUGGAACAGUGUGAUUGUCCCACUGGCUACGGUGGUCUCUCAUGCCAGGUGUGUUCAACAGGAUACACGAAAUCACCUUCUGGAUCGUGCAAACCAUGUCAGUGCAACGGCUUUAGUGACUUGUGUGACCCUGAUACUGGAGUCUGCAUUGGCUGCACGGGAUCUACAGGGGGAGACUUUUGUGGCCAGUGCCUGCCUGGAACCCAUGGUGACCCAACACAAGGAAUUCCCUGUCUGCCAUGUCCCUGCCCACUCACCACAACACCGGGGCAGUUUACUGACGCUUGUAUACUUCAACCGCCUGACACUAUAGUGUGUUUAAAUUGCCCCGAUGGACACACAGGCAGCCGCUGUGAGUCCUGCAGUACCGGCUUCUUUGGAGACCCAACAGGAGAGAACGGCAUUCCCACUGGCUGCUCUGACUGUCUUUGCAAUCGGAAUAUUGACAGCAAUCUUCCCAAUGCCUGUGAUACAACAACUGGCAUUUGUUUGCAGUGCAUCAACAACACAGCUGGAGACAUGUGUGAGAGAUGUGCCGAUGGCUUUUUCGGAGAUGCUAUUGUUGCAAAGAAUUGUACAGUGUGUGACUGUGAUCCCACUGGGUCCACAGACAGUAGCUGUGACCACCAGACAGGAGCAUGUGUUUGUCUAGAAUAUGUCACAGGGGGACGUUGUGAGCAUUGCUCCCCUGGCUACUAUGGAUUCAACAGUGGGACAGGGUGUGUAACCUGCAACUGCAACCUAGAAGGAUCAGUAGACACCCAGUGUGACCCUGAGACCGGGCAGUGUAGCUGCAAACCUGGUGUAACUGGUCAGCUCUGUGACGAAUGUGCAACUGGGUUCUUUGGUUUUUCUCAGAACGGCUGUCAAGCUUGCAACUGCUCUACAACAAACUCAGUCAUCAACACCUGUGAUGCUAGUGGGACAUGCCAGUGUCAGCCUGGUUCAACUGGGCCAAACUGUGAAACAUGCGUUGAGAACUACUACCAGGAUGUACAAGGAUGCUCAGAAUGUCCUCAGUGCUAUCAAGAACUGCAAACAAGGUUCUACAAUACAUCUACUGUGCAUGACCAAGUAGAAAGCAGCCUUUUCAAUCUACUAAUCGAGACUUCACCCUAUGAUCCACGACUUCAAGAGGAACAAGAAGAUGUUCAGGAAAUAGCUGAUCUUGGACAGGUAUAUAUUCAGCAACAUAGCCAGCUCCAAGUGCAGGUGGCCUACCUCACGACUGUCGUCAAUGAAAUACUGCGUGAAGACAUCACUGAACUUGAAGCAAACUUGGAUCUUUUGAAGACAACAUCAACACCUGUGUUCAUCCAGGCCCUAGCAUCCGAAGAGCUCAUGAAUCGGACAAUCACUGAGUUCCAAAUGGCCCAAGAUGAAAUAACAAGACUAGUUGAAUUCUACAUCACUAACAUUACACAGUCACUCUCGGCUAUAAACGACAGUCAUUCUUUAGCAAUGGAGGCACUGGAAUCUCUCACCUCUCAACUACAAUUGCUGAAUACUCGGGCAAGUGAGAUAUCUCUUUUGGUUUCUGAACUGAUAUCAGUUACAAAUGCUUUGGUAGCAACAGUUCAUGACAUUCAAACUUUAAACGUAGAGAUUCAGAGUGUAGCGAGCAUUCUUCAGCAUAACAUGACAUAUGUCCAGCAUCAUGUAAACUCACUCACUCAACUAGUAAGAAGAAUUUCUAUAGACAUAAUGGAGCUGACCGUUAGCAUCGGGGAGCAAAUGGAUACAAUACCCGACAUCCCAUCACCUAGUUAUAUCGAGGAGCUCCAAGCCAGUUUGUCUAGUUCUCAGUCAACUGUAGAACCUAUCAACAACCGACUUGGCAUGAAGGUAGCUGAUAUCUCUCAUCUCCACGAUGCUGUUUCAGAGAAAGAAAGAGAAGUUGAUUCGCUAACAGAGCUGCUCCAGGAGUUUGGCAACCAAGCUCAAGACCUUGAAGACCAUGUGAAAAUAACAGACAAUAUGACUAUGACCACUGUCACUGAUGUGGAGCGCAAAAUGUAUGAGGCAGAGAUUGUCCUGGAGAACCUUCAGCACUUUAGCAUUGACACUUUCGAGGUGGCAAGGAGAGCAAAUGAAGCACUCAGUUCAGCUGAAGGACUAACAAGUGAAGCUGAUAUUGUACUGGAGAGUGUAGCUGCUAUAGAAAAGAACGUAUCUGAAUUGAGGCUCACACUACAUGAUGCCAUUCAUAACACAUACGAUGCAGAUAAUAUCACUAGAGAUAUUGCAGCGGUAACAGCUAGUUUGGAUGCAGAUACCGUACUGUCGACAGUUUAUAGAAAUCAGAAUACUAGCCAAGAGAGCUUAGAUGAAGCAUUAGAGCUACAAAUGCAAGCACAGCAUUAUCAAGAACGAUUAUUUUCUCUAAAGACUGAUGCCGACAGGGAUGAAGAAGCAGUUCAGAAUAGCAGUCAACUCAUUGCUGACUUGGAAGAGCUGCUUCAAGAAGCCAAUAGCAGUGUCAGGACUUUAGAAGCAGCAUUAACUAGUCUAGAUUAUGUUGAGUCCAGUCAGCUACAGCAAGUAGUAGACGAACUGAAUAGACAGCUUUCUUUACUGCAGUCAGAGCUUUCAUCAGCUGACAUCCAAAUGCUGUAUGCAUCACUCAGCCAAAGUUUAGAGGAGCAAAAGUCCAUUCGCCAGGAGUUGGAAAACAGUCUUGCCACAAUGGAAGCAGAAAUACAAGACCUGCAACACCUAGAGUCAAUGCUUCCACUUGGCUGUGACAGAAACUUAUAGCAUUGGCUUUGAGCUUUGUAUAGCAGACACUUUUGCAUACACACAUGGAGUACUGUAGUACAUCUGUCACAACGUUCAUGUAAUGUACACUAUGAUUAUGUAAUUGACCAUAAGUUUUUAUA